UCGGUAGCCAUGGCGUUCCACGACAACAUCUCUCACGAAAUGGCUCUUCAACACUAUGCUGACCAACACCAGUUGACGGAGAGCGUCGAGGUUCUCAGAGGAAUACUACCAUCAGAUCAUCACCACCACAUCGCCCACUCCUCUUCCUCUCCUGAUGCUGGCCCUAAGACUUCCCAGUCUCCGCCGCCUACAUGGCUAAACAGCGCAAUUCUCCGGCAACAGAACCACCACUACGCCGGGGACGGCAGCGGCGGCAGCUUCCUCCACUUGCAAACCACCAAUUCCGACUCAUCCAAUUCCAACAACCACUGGCUAUCUCCUCGGCCUAUUGAUAACGAUGACAGUAAUCGUGAAUCGAUGUUUGUUUCUGCGAUAAAUAGUGACAAUAAUAUUGAUGAUAAUGCUAUGAAAGUGAGUCAACGGCAGAGUGAGAGCGACGGAAAUGGAGGUAAUCACGAGAGAGAUUGGGAAUUUGCAAAGUGUAAGGCGGAUAUACUAUCGCAUCCGAUGUACGAUCAGCUAUUAUCGGCGCAUGUCUCUUGCUUGAGAAUUGCGACACCGGUGGAUCAGUUGCCGAGGAUCGAUGCGCAGUUGGCUCAAUCUCAGCAAGUUAUAUCAAAGUACUCUGUUUUUGGCAAUCAUAAUCAGCCUCUUGAUGAUAAGGAUCUCAAUCAAUUCAUGGCACACUAUGUUGUACUGCUCUCUUCAUUUAAAGAACAAUUGCAGCAACAUGUUCGUGUCCAUGCAAUGGAAGCAGUCAUGGCUUGUUGGGAGCUAGAACAAUCUUUACAAAGCUUAACAGGUGUAGCACCUGGUGAGGGUACAGGUGCAACAAUGUCUGAUGACGAUGAAGAACAAGUAGACAGUGACACUAACUUGUUCGAUGGAGGUCUAGAUGUUUCAGACAGCAUGGGAUUUGGUCUUCCUACUGAAAGUGAGCGUUCUUUGAUGGAACGUGUUAGGCAAGAGCUAAAGCACGAGCUGAAGCAGGGGUAUAAGGAGAAAAUUGUGGACAUCAGAGAAGAAAUUCUACGUAAAAGAAGAGCUGGAAAAUUGCCAGGAGACACCACCUCCCUCCUCAAAGCCUGGUGGCAGUCCCAUUCCAAGUGGCCUUACCCUACAGAAGAAGACAAAGCAAGAUUGGUACAAGAAACAGGAUUACAAUUAAAGCAGAUUAACAAUUGGUUCAUCAACCAAAGAAAAAGGAACUGGCACAGUAAUCCUUCAUCCUCGACGGCUGUCAAAAGUAAACGCAAGAGCAAUGCCAGGUGAAACCGAAAAAGGGAAACAUUAAAUUUGUGACAGCAGAGUCGACAAGAAGUGGUCACUGCUGCUUGUUCUUGGUACAGAAAGAAGUAAAUGAGGAGCAAGUUAAGAGCCACAGUUGUUUAUCCUUGAAGUUGAAGGUAUGCCCAUAUAUAUAUAUAUAUAUAUAUAUACACAACACUUGGUUGUUUUUCUAUUUCUGAAUCUAGUAAUUUAUAAGGUUGGUUCAAAUAGACAUGUAAUAUUUGGUACAUCAAUUUUGUUUAUUUUUGUAUUAGAAUUAAUACAGGUUUUGUAUGUAUAGUGGUAAACAGCAACACCUUCAAAUGGUCUGUUUGUGUUGUGAUAUAGAUCUCUGUCCAUGAAGGGUAAUGAUGAUAAUAGUAAUCAGAAAAUAGACAUGUUUAUAUGC